AGACAGAGUCUUGCUAUAUAGACUUAACCGCCCUGGGACUGCUAUGUGGACCAAGUAAACAUUGAACCUGUGGCAAUCCUCCUGCUUCUGGAUCUUCAGUGCUAGCAUUACAGGGUCACCACCCUUCUACCUCGCAAAAGGAAUGGAUUUCAACAGCUGCCUUUAUAAAAUUGCCGAACAGCUGUGCAGUAGUGAAGUGGCCGCCCUCAAGUUUCUGUGUUUGGACUACAUACCACAGAAGAAACAGGAGCCCAUCAACGAUGCCCUGAUGCUCUUUCAGGGGCUGCAGGAGAAGGAAAUGUUGGAGGAAGGCAAUCUGUCCUUCCUGAAGGAGUUGCUUUUCCUCAUCUGUCGGCUGGACCUGCUGACCCACGACCUAAACAGCAGUAAGGAUGAGAUGAAGAAAGAGCUGUAUGAUCUAGACAAAGCUCAGGUUUCUGCCUACAGGGUAAUGCUCUUUAAGCUCUCAGAACACGUGAGUGAUUUGGAGUUGAAAGAGUUUAAGUUUUUCUUGGAAAGGAAGAUCCCCAAAUGUAAGCUGCACGAUAACGCGAGCCUGCUGGAUGUUUUUGUGGAAAUGGAGAAGAGGCUCAUCCUAGGGGAAGACAACUUGGACAGCCUGAAGUCAAUCUUUGAACAUGUCAACAAAAGUCUGCUGCGGUACAUCGAAGAGUUUGAAGAAUCAAACAGAGAGAGAAGAAUGAGCCUGGAAUACGGGGCAGAGGCGUCAGGUUCAUUUUCGGAUGGACAGAGCUGCAUCACAAUGCAGGAAAUGUAUGACUCCCUAAGAGAAGAAGACAUCGACUCCCAGGUAUCAGAUAGAAUAUAUCAAAUGAAGAGCAAACCUCGCGGAUACUGUCUGAUCGUCAACAAUUACAAUUUCAGCGAGGCGCGUGAGAGAGUACCCAGACUCCGCAAGAUGAAGGACAGGAAGGGAACAGAACGUGAUGAAGACGCGUUGACUGAGACCUUUCAAAAGCUUCAUUUUGAGGUCGUGUCUCACAAAGACUGCACAGUCAGUAAGAUCCAUGCGAUCCUAAGAGCCUUCCAGAGACUGGACCACGAGAGCAAAGACUGCUUCAUCUGCUGCAUCCUCUCCCACGGAGACAAGGGCAUCAUCUACGGCACCGAUGGGAAGGAAGCCUCCAUCCGAGAGCUGACAUCGUAUUUCACUGGUUCAAAUUGUCCUUCUCUGGCUGGAAAACCCAAAGUCUUUUUCAUUCAGGCUUGUCAAGGGGAUAGCUUCCAUAAAGCUGUACCUGUUGAGACCGACUCGGAGAGGGACAACUACUUAGACAUGGAUUCAUCAUCUCAAAAGAACUAUAUUCCAGAUGAGGCUGACUUUCUGCUGGGGAUGGCUACUGUGAAAUAUUGUGUUUCCUACCGAGAACCCAUGCGCGGAAGCUGGUACAUCCAGUCACUUUGCGAGAGCCUGCGAGAAAGAUGUCCUCUAGGUGACGAUAUUCUCAGCAUCCUGACUGGUGUAAACUAUGAUGUGAGCAAUAAAGAUGACAGGAGGAACAUGGGGAAACAGAUGCCCCAGCCCAUCUUCACGCUACGGAAGAAGCUGUUCUUCCCUCUCAACUGAUGUGUGCUCUACGUGGAUGACACUCAGCUAGUCCAUGCACUUUUUGUUUUGGGGGGUGGGUGGGUGGGUUUUAAUU